AUGAGUGCGAUGUUAUGGAGCUCGGACACUGACCCCUCGUGGUCUGCAGAAGAUACCGAUGAAGAGGACCUAGAAAUAAAGGAACUAUUCGCUUUGGAGGCGUUAAGGUUUCAGAAAAAUUGGUAUGUUAUUCAGCUACUUUCAGCGCGAAUUUAUUUUACCAGAGGUAUUCUGCAGGUCAAGGACGCCAUCGAGUUUUACCGUUCAUCAGAGAAAGGCGCUCGAUCACUUUCAUGCAUGACAAACAGAUUUCGUUUUAUAACGAGUGAUUACCAUAUCAAAAAAUUGAGAAAAAUUGAGAAAAGCCAGGAGAUCCGCGCUGAUCGGGUGACACGCUUGCGAGCUCUGGCUUCAAGAUUGAAGCCAGAGCUCAGUAUUGCAUCCAAGUUUGAGCUGGGAAUUGCUUUGCACGAUACGGGUAUCAGAGCAAUUGCCCUGCAGAUAAAUAGAGACGAAAUGUGCACUGAGAAUUUCAAGGCGAGUAACAGAUGGAUACAGGAAUUCAAGAAACGAUGUGGAAUUGUCUCAAGGAGAGUCAUAACUUUCGUAUCUAGGAGGAAUUUCAUGAAUUCUGACCGCCUUGCUUCUCAAGCCGAAGCAUUUGUCACCGCGGUUCGAAGAGAGUUAAGUGGUUGGCCUGUGGUCUGUAACACAGACCAAAGCGGAUUUUUCAAGGAACUGCAUUCCGCUAGGACAUUGGCUAUGAAGGGCUCGGAAAAGUCACAAGAGUAG